GAUAUAUUCUUCCUAUGAAGUUCUUAUCCCAAAUGAUGAUGCUUUAAACAACUCGUAGUUGAUAUGGUCGGGAUUUAUACCUUGUUACACUACCUGUCCAAAAACGCACUGAUCCACACCUCAAAACCAUUUUGUAUAACUUUAGUUAUUGAGCUUUCAAGUUUGGUAUUUUCGGUACAUUCGACGAACGACGUCAAAUCCACCUGAAAUCGUCGAGAAGAUGUCAUUUUACUUGAACUAAAUAUACUCACUGUCUGUCCGAUGCAAUGUUGAACUCUUUGUGAAAUGGAGAAGCACCGAAUACGCCUGCAAUUUGAUUGGUCGAAAGGUUUUUUUCGAUAAUUUCAUUGGCUACUAUAACUACUUUGGUUCGUCGGUUACUUCGUCGAUUUUGCUUCGUCGAUUCGAUUGGCAGCCCCAGUCUAAUGUGAAAUCGAAUUACCAAUAUCUUGCCAUUUGGCAAUCCACCAUGUUACGAGCCCUUGAUCGUGUCACAUUGCAUAUAAGUGCGUUGCUGUGGUCUUGUUUAUAAGUUGCACCAGUUUCAUGCAACUUACAAAUGUAUGUCGCAAUUUCAGAUCUUGGGGCAAGCGUACUUAACCGAAUUCCAAUUCCUGUAGUAGUACUUGAGAGUCUGUAAGCUUGGUCAACACUUCAACCGUCGUACUUAAUGAGAACGAAAUCCUUGAGCAGCGAUAAGAGUUUGUACACUUCAACAAUCAUCGAACUCCGCAGACCCGGCAAGCACAUGAGCGCCUCGUUCUUGAUCCACCGAUACGACGACGCUGAAGAACUCAAUCCAUUCCUCACUGUCACCGUGUGCGAAGAGGACAAGCUGCCGCCGAUGAAAGGUAAAAGCCCCGUCGUCAUCAAGCUGCGGCUCCUGCAUGUGAACUGGCAGCAUGGCAAGCAACUGUUUGUGAACGCCCUCGUCGUCGUUUGCCUUGUUUGCAUUGGUAUCAUUCCACUCGUGUCUUGGCCCCGACAACACAGCUCGCUGCAGUUCUCAAGGAAGGAGUUGCAAAUGUCGAACGACCAUGCGGUCCAGGACGAUCUAUCGCAAUUUCGACAUUUUCAGGCAACCAACAACAAUCAAAGACGUCAUCGAGGCCACAUCUCGUCAAGCAGCGGGCUUCAUGCAAUCGCAGCGGACAAGGUCAAAGGGCCACGGGCAUGGCGUCCCGUCGAACAAGCGACUCGUGCACCCGAAGUCCAGGCCAACGACUCCGACAAUGAAAACCUGCCGGUAGAUCAACAUUCCAUGUCCGACGAGUCUCACGUUGAGUCAACGCCACCAGAGGAAACAAACGAUGGAGCCAUCGAUCCUUCCAGCAAUUCCGCCGGAAUUGUGCGAGAGCGCAAUGAGUAGAGAAUUGGUUAACAAGGAAUAUUUACGUUACUAUAGUCCUCGGCGGCAGGAUGAAAUCGAA